AUGGCUGCGAAGACGAAUAUAUUACUUAUCGGCGCGACAGGGUAUCUCGGGGGGACCGUCCUGCAGCGCUUGCUUUCACAUCCCGAAAGAGCGUCGUUCAGCAUCAGCGUGCUGGUCCGCAAUACCGAGAAAGCGAAGCUGCUCGAGACAUUCGGCGUGGAGACUAUCAUUGGCUCCCUCUCCGACUUAGACAAGUUGGAAAAGGCUGCAUCCUCCGCUGAUGUGGUCUUUGCUAUUGCCGACUGUGACGAUCUGAACGCCGCUAAGGCGAUCCUCGCAGGCCUGAAGCAGAGACACGCCAAGACGGGCAAGCAGCCAAUUCUGAUUCAUACCUCAGGAACCGGCGUCCUAGUCGAUGGCGCGCAAGGCGAUCACGCCACCGACAUUGUCUACUCUGACCUUGAUAUUCCUUUGAUUGAGAGUUUGAAGCCUACCCAGAUCCAUAGACCGGUUGAUAUCGUGAUCGCGGAAGCCGGAAACGAAGGAUAUGCUCGAACACAUAUCAUACUACCGUCUAUGAUCUUCGGGCUGGGAAACGGCCCCCUGUUUGAGAAAGGCAUCUGCAAUCGGCAUUCGAUGGCGAUACCUGCCUUGCUUCAGCUGGGCUGGCGCAGAGGCCAAAGUGGCGUCUGUGGUUCAGGGAAGAACCUAUGGCCCCUUAUCGACGUUGAUGAUACCGCGGAUUUGUAUAUUGUUCUCUUCGACGCAGCCAGGAAAGACGCAAGUGUUGCGCAUGGCCGCGGGGGCUAUUACUUCGCCGAGAACGGACACUUCACGCAGUACGAACUCGCCAAAGCCGUUGGCAAGGUCCUGGUGGAAUUAGGUCGGGCCAAGAGUGCAGAGCCUACACCUUUCACCGCGGAGGAGUUGGACAAAUAUCCGGUGACCAGAUUCCUCGGUAUGAAUGCAGUCUGUAAGGCCGAGCGCCCCCGCGCGCUAGGUUGGAAACCAACGAAGACCAAGCAGGACAUGCUUGAUGGUAUUAAGCCCGAGGCAGAGGUGAUGAUCAAGAGUGGCCUGAUCGAGACGCCUAUGUGA